AUGCUUCCUCGAUCUACCCUGGGAAGACCAGCGCAACGUUUUCUCAGACAAAGUCCUCAAUAUGUGAUUCACCGUCGUUCUCGCUCAACCAAGUCUCACUACCACGAUGCCGCCCUUGAGCCGGCAAUCAGGCCCCCCGUUCAGAUCUCGCCUAUGGCUCGACUGCCAACGAGAUUCUUGCUACGAUCAUUGCUUCUCACUUCGUUGAUGACCUCGAAGAUAUUCUUACGACCGGCUCUAGCUCUUAUCAGCGUUCUUUCUACCUCCAAAUCUGCACUGCUCAACCCGGAUCGCAAUAUUGCAUUGAACAAGCUACUUCGCUGGACAGUCUACAACCACUUUUGUGCCGGCGCCAAUAAGAAGGAAGUGUCACGGACCGUGGCUGAUGUUAAGAAGAUCGGCUACCAAGGUGUCAUCCUGGGAUACUCGAAGGAAAUUGUGCUGGACCACAAUGAGCAGGCGGCUAGCACCGAAUCCAGUACAACCCAGUACCAGGAAAGGUGUUAUGAGAUGGUUGAGGAAUGGAAGAAUGGCACAUUGGAGACAUUGCGGAUGGUUGGCCCAGGCGAUUUUCUCGCAGUGAAAUUGACGGGUGCCGGACCUAUCUCGGUAGAUGCGAUGAGAGCCCGCCAGCCCAUGCCAGAAGCCAUGGCUAAAGCUGUGGACGAAAUAUGCAUUGCAACAGAAAAGCAAGGCUCGCGCCUCUGGCUGGAUGCAGAACAGCAGGUUCUGCAGAAGGGACUCGAUGACUGGGCCAUUGAGAUCAUGCGCAAGCAUAACAAGGACGAGACACCGAUCGUAUAUAACACCAUUCAAGGGUACCUCAAGGCAUCCAAAGCAAACCUGGAUCACCAUCUGACCUUGGCUUCGCAAGAGGGCUGGGCCCUCGGCAUCAAAUUGGUUCGGGGGGCCUAUAUUGAACACGAAACGCGCUCCCUCAUCCACGAUACCCAACAAGAUACCGAUCGGUCGUACGAUCUCAUCGCCGACACUAUGCUGUGUCAAAGAAUGCCUGCUGAUAAACAAGACCUUCAGUUCCCCAAAGCGGCUCUCUUCCUUGCAACUCAUAACGCAGCUAGUGCCACCAAGGCAAUUGCCACUCAUCAGAACCGCCUCCUCGCCAACAAGCCUACGAUCAUGUUCGAAUGUGGUCAAAUUCAAGGCAUGGCUGAUGAGCUCAGCUGCGAAUUGGUGUCCAACUAUGAGCGUGCUCUGGCAGAAUCCUCCGCGGCUAAAUUGAAUGUCCCCAAAGCUUUCAAGUGUAUGACGUGGGGCUCGGUAUCCGAGUGCAUGGGUUAUCUGCACCGUCGGGCAGUCGAGAAUCGCGGGGCAGUGGAACGGACCCAACAUAUGGUCAGUGCAUUGCGGCAUGAACUGUGGCGGAGGAUCGUCGGAUAA